AAAAUCAAAUUUAAUAAUCGAAACAUGUAAGAAAAAAAUCAACUGCAAAUGCAAUGUUUCAAAAGAUCGUAGCAUAAAGCCAAAGCAGGUUUUAGACUGAUUCAGCGAACUGAAAAAAAUCUAAAUCUUAUGCGUCACAACUAUCUACAAUUAAAACUGUUUAAAACUAUGUCACAUAGUCAAAAACUACAUUAGACUUCAAGAAAACCAACAAGUAUAUAGAUAUACUAAUUAUCAAAAACAAUAAUUCAUUAUAGCGACAACAAAUGACGUUAUGUACGGUCAGCAUCAAAAGAUUUUAUGAACAAAAGGUGCGGACUGUUUUAUAACAUUAUACGAAAUACCAGGACAAAAAAUUUGUGGAAGGACUUUGAGAGGCCUUUGCUCAAAAGUGGAACACAAUAAGCUAGAUAAAAAAAUUGUUAGAUUUACAGAAGGUAAGAUGAGAAGAAGAAAGUCCCGACAAAAGAAACUGCUUACAAAUCGGUUAACCGAUUUAGAGCUACGGUACCAGACAUAUUGUUGCACGGACAGACCCUCAUAGCGCUCAAACUUAACAUCCUCUUACAAAAGAGCUCAUGAAAUGUCUAGACCGAUUUUGGUAGAGCAUGUCUAAAAAUUAUCGUAAGAAAACCCUCUUUUAAAAAAAACCGUAUCUAAAUCGGUACUCCCGUUUAAAAGCUCCUGUGCCACAGACACAGUGAUCAAAAUUUUUACUUAUACUUAAAAUGCCUGUUCUUUUGGGACGUCGGGGUUUAAAAUACAUAUCAAUAAGAUACAAGUAGAUACAGCUAUCAUUUUUUUAACCUUUCUUACAUUGUAUCAUCAUUGCAAUAAACAAAAUUGUUGCAAUUUCUUUUGUUCUCUUAAUUCUGACUGGAUUAUACACUUUUCAUGCUGACUGUACUAUUUAGUACAGCCAUGAAGAAAAUCGGUUAACAUAAUUCAAGAGCGACUAUUCAAGAAUUGUAGGAAUUUGGUGUUUAGUAUGUUUAAAAUAUACGUUUUAUUUGUCAAUCGCAAAAUAUAGAGCGGUGUGUAAAAAUAAGGGGAGAACUUUGCCCAGCAGUGGGAUCUGACACCUGCUAUAUAAGAAUAAAAAUAGGAGCAACAUUCAUGACAAUAAUAGAAUUGUUUAGAACAUUUCUUAGCGUUAAUGAUGUUGAUGUUAACGGUACUUACAUGGUACAUUUGGUACUCGAAAAUUACAGGUUGACUUCAAGAUGGCGCCCGAGCUGUCAAUACCGACUUCCUGCAUUCUUUGCGCCCUCGCUCGACCGCCCGAAUUAGGGUUCCGUGGUAAAAUUAUAGUUCAUAGUGUGAAACCGAAAAGAUUUUUUUGAGUUACAGUUACACAGUUUUCAAGGGUCAUUCGUUAGUUAUAGGGUUUCAUAUUUUUUAGAUCCUUUAUAAAAUUACCUCCAGAAACAUCUUAAGUGAAUUGCAGAUUUUUUGCAAAUGAAAAACAUGGUUAAAAUGUUAAAUAGUUGGUAAACAGACUUGUACUAGACUACUACGACGUUUCGGGGGUUCGAUCCCAGCGUAGGACAAGCGUUUGUGUGAUCAAUGCUUGUCCUGAGCCUGGGUGCCUUUGCCCACGCCAUGUGUCAAGUCACAUACUUGAAUUUGGGGGUUUACGUUAAACGUUAAAAACCAUAGCGAGGGAUUAAGAUGAAAAAAAAUGAUUGGAGCUGGAAAAUCCAUACCUAAAAUUAUCCUGGAAUUCUAGCAUUUUUUUUCUGAAUAUUUGAAAUACAACCUUUCUUUGUUUUAAAAAGUAAUUGCAAAGCUUUUCUGUAUAAAUAAGUGUGUCCUUAACUAAAACGUGACUAGAACAACAUAUUUUAAUGUCAUCAAGUUUCUUGAAAACAGUUUAUGUAAAGUUGCAAUGUUUGUUAUUUAUUGCGUGUAUGUUAUUUUAAAACCGCUUUUCUUUAAUAUUUACUUCAUUUCUUCGAGGCAAGUCUAACAAAAAAUGAUAUUUCAAUAAUAAAAUUGGGUAUUUGACAAAAUAAAGUAAUAAGUCUGUCAUUAGUAUUUCUAAAAUAACAUCAAAUAGGUGUUUUUUCUAGAAACAAAGUUAUGAUGAUUCAGUUCAUUGAAAUUUCACGUGACGUCACUCAUCAGUACCCUUUCUACCCACAAGGGAUGUUAAUCGUGGCUACUUCUAUAAAAUCCACCAUCCUAGAUGCAUUUUACUUUAAGUAACCAGGAAAAACGCACUAUCACCCUAAAAUGAUAGAACUAUUAAUAGCUUUAGAGCGCAAUGGAAUUUCUCCCUGUUUAUGAAACAUAUAACAUAUAACUGCUGUGUUUCUGAUAUUGUAAAUAUUACAGCCUUCCUCAAUAAAUGGACUAUUUAACACCGUCAGUAUUUUCAAAUCGAACUAGUAACUCUUUUAAUUAGCACAUUCAAACAAACAAACACAAUAAUUGUACAUAUUAUUAUAAAUUUAAAUAUCUUUCUGGAACUUCAUUCUACAGUAAAGUAAUCGAAUCCAGAAUACUAUUUAAUUACCUACAUACCAAACAGACAACUUUAAAACAAAAAAACCCAAAAUCAAAAAAUAAGCUCAAAAAAUACUUACGGAACCCGUCCGUAUUCAAAAAGCGAGUUGACCUAUUAUAUUUUUUUCUUAUUGAACAUCUUGCCGCUUGCUCUAUAUGGCGGAGUAUAAAUAGGUUCGGAUCGAGAUCAGAGGCAUCAGUAGCCAUCCACAGCAUCCCAAGAUCAAGAUGAGAGUUCUGAUUGUAUCCACCCUCUUCGCCGUUGCGGCAGCUGCGCCAUCCGGGCUCUUCGCACCAGCGGUGGUCCCAGUCCUCAAAACAAUCCUGGUACCAGAAGCCAUCCCCACCAUCUCUCCCGGAGACAUCCAGGCAGCCGCCAUCGAUGCUCAAGUCAAGGCUAUUGACGACCAGGUCAAGGCACAAGACGCCGCUCAAGCCGCCGCUGACCAGGCAAGGGACUUGGCUGACCAAGCCAACGAGAACAACAACGAGAAAGCUAUAACCGAAGCUUCUGCUGUUACCGAACAGAAUCUGGACGCUUACUGGUCUGCCGAGGACAAGAAAUGGCAAGCAGUUGAUGCUUUGAAAACAGCUGAAGCUCAGAUCGAUGGUGCUGUUGCCAGCAAUGCUCCUUUAUUCGCUAAGGCAGCUGUCAAAGGCGCUCUUCCUUACAUCUCUGCUGUUGGUCCCGUCACACCCAUCGUAGCUCCCAUUCCUCCAGUCAUCUACUCGCCAUACGUUGCUCCCUACAGCAGCGCGUCCAGUCAAACUAUUGUCAACCAGGAAGCUCAGACUGAGACUAAGGCUGAGAAUUCCGAGGCUGCAGUCAAGACCGCUGAGCCAGCGAAGCCAGCUGAAGAAGAGAAGCCAGUUGAGAAUGCCGAGAGCGCUGAAAGCCCGAAAGCUGAGAGUCCUGCUUUGAAAGCUGUUGAGAACUUGAGCGCUAAGCCUGCGCUGGUCGCUCAGCCCCUGAUCUCUGCCCCUCUGGGUCUCUACCGGUACGACGUGGCCGUGCCAGCUGUCGCCCACGUCGUUGGACAGCCGAUCUUCAAGUAUGCCCCGGCGGUCCAUCCUGGCGUCCUCACUCCUACUUUUGUCAAGACUGUGUGGUAAAUAGUUUGAAGGUGGAAUUAAAUUUUAAUUUGACGACUA